ACGACCAUAUCAUCCUAAACUUCAUGAGGCAGGGUGUCAUUUGUGCAAUCAGCAUUCGCCUCUCCCAGAGUGCUAGUCAACGAUAUGUCGACUCAGAACCUUGCAUCAUCUGGGGUAGCAUCGACAGAUCUCAGCGAGUCCGAACAGGAAACAGUCUUCCUGCACUUUUUCCGUCGCCUGGCUGCAUAUCGCAACACGAUAGAACUCUAUGCCUUAACGGAAGCUGCGCUUCUACAGCCCAGUGGUCGUUUCAACGACAGUAGAACUUUGGAGUUCAGUCAAGCGCUAAAUACUUGGGGACAGUCAAUUCUCAAGAAUGCAUGGGUAGUGUGCCAAGAGCCUGGUGGCGGAGAAUGUCCAACGUUAGACCCACUUGCCGACACUUCGGUAGGGGAGUUACCUAAAGCCCCUGAUCCAAGAGUCCUCUCGAAGAUCAUGAACACUGUUCUCUUCCUCCACAUUACCACGUCUAAGCAGUAUUCCGCAUAUACACGGGCUUUUCUACCCACCUUGGCACCUAUAGACGAGCAAACAGUAACCACAACUUUCAAAAAUCCUGAAAGAGCCUUGAGGGAAGUACAUAAACAGGCACAGCGCGUUCGCGAGCAGCAUGCCGAGAGGGGACGCGUUCUACGCAUCGCCGGCCUAGGCUUCGGGGCUGUUGCAGGUGGUGUACUCAUUGGGAUCACUGGUGGACUUGCAGCACCGCUAGUUGGUGCAGGAGUCACCGCCCUUCUUGGAGGCCUGGGUAUUGGUGGGACUGCCGCUGGUGUAUUGGCAUCAGGGCUGGCGAGCUCAUCCGCUGUAUGCGGCGCGCUUUUUGGUGCUUACGGCGCACGCUCUACGGCGAGAAUGGUUGGGCGUCACACGAAAGAAGUCAGCGACCUUGCAGUACUCCCAGUACGAACGCAGAUGAGUGAAGAAACACUGGCGGUCAGAUUGUGCAUCAGCGGAUGGAUAUCCUCUCUUGAAGAUGUCACAACUCCGUGGCAAAUAUUCGGUGGAGAUGACACAUUUGCUCUGCAGUGGGAAGUAGAGGCCUUGCAGGCUAUGUCAAGUGCCUUGAGCGAUCUCAUCGAGUCUCAGGCCAUAAAUUACGUGGGAGGACAAAUAUUGAAGCGCACAAUCCUCGCCAGUCUUCUGAGUGCAUUGUCCCCGGUUGCGUUGCUGAAGAUUGGGAAGAUCAUUGACAACCCUUGGAUGAAUGCUCGUGCCCUUGCACUCAAAACAGGUGCUGUUCUAGGUGAACUACUAGCUUCUAGGGCAUUCGGAAACAGGCCUGUCACCCUCACUGGUUACUCGCUCGGUUCUCUCGUCAUCUUUGAAGCCCUCAGAUGCCUAACGGAGCUGUCACCUUCGAAGACUAUAGGUCUCAUACAGGACGUCUUUCUCUUUGGGACACCAGUCUCCAUCAACUUAACGACAUGGAGCUCGGUAAGACGGCUAGUGUCUGGACGGUUUGUCAAUGGCUACUGCACGUCGGAUUUUAUCCUUGCUGUCUUAUCACGUGCAUCUGACGCGACAUGGGGUAUUGCUGGUCUACAGAACGUAGAUGUGAAAGGAGUGGAGAACAUACAGUGUGAGGGUGUUGAAGGUCAUCUCCAGUGGCGGGGGAUGAUUGGAAAGUGUCUCCUGGACUGUCACGCUCCUGGAAUUGUCACAUCAGAGGUCGAUGCCCAGCUGAAGAACAUCGCAGAGCAUAUGCCAGAGCUAGCGGAAUCUGACGACCUCUGAAAGGGUUACAACGAGCUCAGGCAAUGCGGGUGAUCUCUGGAAGUGCCCCACGGUAUAUACCAUAUGAUUGGAGCCCGGGGCUUGGUUGGAUUCGGUUGCUCCGAUCCUACCGAUGCCUGUGGAUAAUAUUUUUGAGGUUGGUUACAACAUGCGCGUCGAGUAUUACCUGAUGUGCCUUCCUUGACGGGAUCGUUGUCUCGUCGAUAUCCCCCUUUUCUGGUGUAUCUGCCGAUCCACUGAUUAUGAUAUCGUAACAGCUCUCGGACGCGCCAGUCCAGGCUGGCCUCGGACUCUUUCGUACUUCUAUUUCAAGAGCAAGUAGUGUGUUCUUUGGAUCAAGUUCCAACGACCUGCAUGGGCAUUGGGCAUCAAUGUCAUUUCGUUCGCCGUUGUCGUCUCUUUUCUGUAUCCGAAAGAGCAUAAGGAUUC